AUGGAUCUAAAAUUUCAAUUGAAGAAAUGCAUUAUAAAAUUGAAGAAUGAUAAGGUAAAUUAUUCCUCUACCCAUGCUCCUCCUAAAAGGAAAAGGGAAGAUGACCGUCAGGACAAUAGGAGGCGGGAUGAUCGACGUCCACCACUUCCACCUCAAGGUCAAUCAUCUUCCUUCUACAACAGAUUCACUCCGUUAAACGCUCGCCUCACUGGAAUUCUUCACGUGAUAGAACAAAAAGGUUUAGCAGAGCCUCCACGUCCUAUGCAGCCAAAUGCAAAGCGAGAAAAGUCGGAUCGUUAUUGUCGAUUCCAUAAGGACAGAGGGCAUACUACGGAGGAAUGCGCACAACUCAAAGUGGCGAUUGAGAGGCUGAUCAAACAGGGCCAUUUAGGCGAAUACAUUGAUAAGCCUCGAAACAAGCGCCGUGAUGAUCCUCCACGCCGAGAUAACAAUCGAGAUCAACAGCAAAGACGAGAGGAUGGGGGCCAUCGACGCGACCCAGAUAACAACGAUAACCAACCUACCCGGGGAAUCAUCUCCUUUAUCUCCGGAGGACCGCCGGGUGGCGAUUCACAAAAUGCAAGACGCACCCUCGCUCGAUCAGCACGCAUGAAUCAAGAACGUGCUUCUCCAUCCGCACGCAUCUAUCAAAUACGAAGACCUGAUCAUAGCAUAGUCUUCAACUCCUCCGACCUUGAAGGUCCAGAUGAAGAUCAUGUCGAUGCGUUGGUAGUAACAACAACGGUGGCCAACUUCUUGGUUAAGAAGAUAUUAGUGGACGGUGGGAGCUCAGCUGACAUCAUUGGGAAUCUACUAUUGCCAUUUGUCUAUUACAAGGACAACGUUUGGUGGAGUUUAGGGGACUAA